AUGGCCGACAACAACAACAACCAGGGCGAUGGCGUCCGCGGCCAGUUCUUCAGCACCAUUCCCGGCUUCACCGACAUCCAGCUCGACAUCGUCGGUUUCCUCGCUAUCCUCGGCGAGGGUUCCGUGCUGGCCAAUGCCCAAGUCUCGACCCUGUCAAAAUGGAUGUUCGUCCCGCGCCUUCUCCCUGCGCCGCAGGCUCUGCUACGCCCUUCACGCCCCUCCAGGCUUGAGCCUGCCCAAGGGAGAGUCACCGGCGUCGUGUCCGGCAACGACCGCGAUGCCCUGAACCACAUUGGCGACAUUGUCCUCGACGCCGACUCGUUGAAGGAGUUUGAAGUCCGCUGCGUCGAAAUCGAGCGCAACGACGAAGCACCCGUCGUCAAGGCCCGUGCCUUUGGCUGGCUCACUGCAAACAACAUUCUCGGUGCCCUCUUCGCUCUUGGUAUCCUCAUUCUUGCGGCCAUUUGGCAGGACGGUAUGGCCCUCAUUGCCGUCUGCUGUCUGUCCCUGCUUUCGACUGUCAUUGGUCUCGGCAACAAAUGGACCCUCAAGCUGCCCCAGCGGAGGUUCACCAAGGGCAAGGUUCCUCGCGGCGACGUCGUCAUCCGCCACCCCAAGGGUAGCUUCCUGGUGGUCAGGUGCAGCGAAGACGUCGCCCGCGAGAUCUUUUUCGCGCCGGAGAACAUCGAAUACCUGCUCGAAGACCAGGUGCUGUACCGUCUGCUCGCGCUCGUUGGCUCCCUUCUGCUUAUGGCUGGCGUCAUCAGCCUCGCCAACUGUCAGGUCAAGUCCCAGAUCUGCUUCGCCGCUGCUUACCUGAUUCUUAACGCCACUUACUGGAUCGUCGCCGCCAUCCCUGCUCGCGUCCACUGGAAUACCUCCGCCUUCGAGGUGAAGCCGCAGUGCCUGGGCGAGGCUUGCGCGGAGAACAAGUGGACUGACCAGAACGACUCCUUCACCAAGGCCCUGUUCAAAGCCAUUGUCGCCACCAAGGAGACCGACUGGGUGCAGCUCGGCGACGCGGCCCCACGGACCGAAGUCUGGAACCAGUGGCUACGCGAGGCCAAGGAAGCGGCAAGGUCUGCGGGCGUUGAAUAUGACAAGGAAACCAAGAUGACUGUCUACAAGGUCCCUACAGACUUCGAUCCCCAGACCAGGUUGAGAGACCUUCUCAACAACCCUGAAUACAACGACCAUGUGAUGCAGGCAGCGCAUGUGUGA